CAGACUCCCUGCUCUACGCCGCUGGGGCAAAACCCGGAGGAGCUGCCCCAGCCAGGAGAGCGGCCCCCGCAGCCUUGCUGCGCAUGCUCACGCCGUGACCCCGGCUUGAGGUGACGGCGCGAGCUGAGGCGGGGGCCCUCGGCACAGAGGCUGAGGGACCCGUCGUGGCGCUGUCGCUGGAGAGGGAGGGCCCGCUGCCGUCGGCCAAAAGCCAAGGAGCCCUCAGUGACCGUGGGAUCCACGACACCUCCACUUCACUGUCCCUACACAGCCAGGGCAGCAUCAGCACCAGCUCAGACACAAGGACGUAACCACCAGACUCCAGCUUCCUGGCCUGGGAGUAGGAGAAAUCCACCUGCUGGGGGCUGAGCACAGAUUGAAGGACAGGCCCUGGGUCCCGGGAUGCCCCUGCCCGAGUCCAACGAGCAGGAGGGUGAGAGUGUGAAGGCUGGCCAGGAGCCAUCUCCCAAGCCAGGCACAGACGUCGUCCCUGCAGCAGCAGCCCCAAGGAAGCCCAGAAAGUUCUCCAAACUGGUCCUGCUCACAGCCUCCAAAGACAGUGCCAAGGUGGAGGGGGCCAAGCGCAAGGGCGUGCACUGUGUCAUGUCCCUGGGGGUGCCGGGCCCCGCCACUCUUGCCAAGGCCCUCCUCCAGACCCACCCUGAGGCCCAGAGGGCCAUCGAGGCACCCCCACAGGAGCCUGAGCAGAAACGAAGCAGGCAGGACCCAGGCGCAGGUGGAAAAGAAGACAGUGGAUUAGCAGCGGGGCCUCCUGAGGCUGCCGGAGAGAACUCUGUCCUCUGCCCCGUGGUGCCAGGCACAUCCUCGUAACCUUGACAACAGGUGCAUCCUCCCAGAUCAAGUAUAAAUUACUUUUGUAAGCAGAAAAGUAAUUUCAAACAAGAAUAAAAGAAGCUGUUUGCUAGA